AUGGCGGCGCGCUGUCCUCUGCCUCGCGCCGCCGUGACGUCAGCGGGCGUCGUGACGUCACCCGCGCGCCGUGACGAAAGCGAGGAUGGCAUCGAAGGAGACGCCGUGCUCUCCGAUUACGAAAGCGCCGAGGACUCGGAGCAGGCGGAGGAGGAGGACUACAGUGAGGAAGAAAGCGCCAAAGUGGAAUUGAAGCAGGAUAGCAACGAUUCCUGCGAAUCUGCAGCAAAAGCAGAGAAAGGGGAUGAGAAACACGACUCCAAAGGCGCUGUGACCGGCGAGAGGCAGAGCGGGGACGGGCAGGAGAGCACUGAGCCCGUUGAGAAUAAAGUCGGGAAAAAAGUUCCCAAGCACCUGGAUGACGACGAGGACCGGAAGAACCCGGCCUACAUCCCCCGCAAAGGGCUCUUCUUUGAGCACGACCUCCGAGGGCAGACGCAGGAGGAGGAGGUCAGGCCGAAGGGUCGGCAGCGGAAGCUGUGGAAAGACGAGGGCCGCUGGGAGCACGACAAAUUCCGGGAGGACGAGCAGGCCCCCAAGACCAGGCAGGAGCUGAUCGCGCUGUAUGGCUACGACAUCAGGUCAGCUCACAACCCCGACGACAUCAAGCCCAGGAGGAUGCGCAAGCCGAGGUUUGGGAGUCCUCCUCAGCGAGACCCAAACUGGCCCAACGAGAGGCCGCAUAAAGCGCCGAGACAGCAAGGCCCGGACAGCGCGUCGGCUCCGGCGCGGCCCUUCGGCAGCAGGAGCCCUGCCGGGACGGGCAGGAUGCCCCCGGCCAGGAGCUACCCGCGCGUGGGGGGCUACAAGGAGACCCGACCCGGCUACCGGGCUGCGGAAAGCGGCGUCCAGCACCUAAGCCCGGCCGCGAGCGCCAACGUGCAGCCGCCGCCGGACAGACCGGUGGAGAAGAAGUCUUAUUCCCGGGCCAGGAGGACCAGGAUUAAAGCUGGGGACGCAGGAAAGCUGGCGGAUGAAAUCCCUGCUUCGGAAGGGCUGGCGCCUGUGCCGCCGAAACCGGUCCAAGUGGAGUCGUCCCCCCCGCCAGCCAAGAGCAGCAAUUGGGAGUCGCCGGGAGAAUCCGGCUUGGAUGGACUGGAGCAAGAGAUGACACAAAUGAAUCUCGGGGAGCAGAGCUGGACGCCGGGGCAGUCUCAGUUCAUGCAGCCCCGGGAGCUGAGGGGUAUUCCCAACCAUGUUCACGUGGGGAGCGGGCCGCCGCAGUUCAACAGGAUGGAGGAAAUGGCCGUGCCGGGCGGCCGCGUGAAACGCUACUCGUCGCAGCGGCAGCGACCGCCCGUGCCGGAGCCGGCGCCGCCGAUGCACAUCAGCAUCAUGGAAGGGCACUACUACGACCCACUACAAUUCCAGGGACCAAUCUACACGCACAGCGAGAACCCUGCGCCGCUGCCUCCCCAAGGGAUGAUCGUGCAGCCCGAAAUGCACCUCCCUCAUCCAGGUUUACAUCCCCACCAGCCAGCAGCUCCCAUGGCCAACCCCGGGCUGUAUCCUCCCGCAGUCUCCAUGCCUCCGGGGCAGCCCCCUCCGCAGCAGCUCCUGGCACCUACUUACUUCACCCCUCCUGGAGUCAUGAAUUUUGGGAACCCUGGCUACCCCUACCCGCCGGGAGCGCUGCCCCCGCCGCCCCCUCCGCACCUCUAUCCCAACACACAGGCGCAGUCGCAGGUCUACGGAGGGGUCCCCUACUACAACACGGUCCAGCAGCAAGUGCAGCCCAAGCCGUCCCCGCCGCGGAGGACGUCCCAGCCCGUGACCAUCAAGCCGCCGCCUCCCGAGGACGGCAAAAGCGAAAAGUCAAAGGAGAGGAGCAACACGUAGGGCUGUGGCCGUGGGAAUCCCGACACCA